UUCUCGUUCAUUAAGACUUAAGUUCUUGAUAUAGUAUCCAAUAUCUUAUUCCCACUGUAUUUGCCCCAUACUUGCAACGCCGCACACGCGCAUAUGCCCUAUCAAUCCGUUUCGCAAGACACCCGCCUAGGUACUAGAUACCACCCUAAAUUUACUCUCACAGCGUCGUAUUUGUACUUAGGUACUCUGAUGUCACCAGGGCGUGCAAUCUAGCAUUGCACCAACAAUUUCAGCUGCAAAGUCCUAGGAUAGUCCCUACUUCCCGUCAGCAUUCAUAAUGUGCGCCAUUCAAUCCAGCCAGCAGUUCAAGAAGCCAGGGACCCGAAAUGGAUACAUCAGAGUUGGAACGAGACCUAUCUCUGGUCAAUAUGGCUGACGAAGAGAACAUGAUACCCCUCCAUCGCGCUGCGAAGAAUGGGGCUUUGUCUGGAGUUGCACAUAUCUUAAAGCAUGGCGCAGACGUAAACGCUACAGAUGAUGAAGGUCGUGGCGCGCUGUACUAUGCCCUUCAAAACAGGCACAUAAGUGUAGUGCAAGAACUGUUAAAAUGGAAGCCGCAACUCAACAUUUUGACCUCGGAUGGGAAAACAUUGCUUCAGCAUGCUAUGGGCGAUGUUUCUAUGGUAGAGAUGUUACUUGAUAGUAGGGCUGAUCCUGAGCUACCAAACGGAGAGGGGCUCACAGCCAUCAACGCUGCCGUGGUUGAGAAGAAGGCGGAUGUGGUAAAACUCCUGGUUAAUAGGGGUGUCGACAUCCAUCGACGCGACCAGUCUGGUUGGAACCCAAUUCUCAACGCCACAGGCGAUGUUCGGGACGCGAAAAUUACGCGGAUACUCUUAGAAGGUGGUGCGAGUCUUGAGGAUACCAACCCAUACGAACGUGUUCCUCUUCACUAUGCCGCAAGAGAAACAGAAGUUCUCAAGGUAUUGCUGGAGUUUCAGAAGGAUAUUGAUUUGGAGCCGCGCGAUUUCUACGGCCGUACCCCUCUGUUGACGAUUGAUUCUGCCACUAGCUUGGAGUGUAUCAGACUUCUACUUCAGGCCGGGGCUGAUGUCAAUGCGCGCGAUAGAGAGGGUUGGUCUGCUCUAAUGAAGGUUAUGGACGGUCGAUUACCACCGCAAGUGGCUGAUGUGCUGCUUGCGGAUGAGAAUACCCAGGUAGAUGUAGUAGGGAGACAACCCGGAACGGCACUACAUGUGGCGUGCUGCGCUUUGAAUCCAGACUUCGUCACGAAGCUGCUCGAACAUGGCGCUGAUCCUAACCUCGCUGUAAGGAAUUAUCCUGGCACCGCUCUGAUAUCGGCAUGCGUUCCCGACGAUACUGAUAACCGAAGCGAGACCCUCGAGAAAAUGGAACAGGUCGUUCGUACACUCAUCGCUCAUGGCGCCGACGUCAACCUGAUGCACGAGCAUACUAUUUAUAAUGCGCUCAGCGCCGCAUGUUUCUCUGGCGGUGCAAAUGUGAUUAAACAACUCCUUGGCUCUGGUACCUCAGCGCAACAGCCGGAUCCCCUGGGGCGCCUCCCAAUACACUUUGCCGCGGCAAACGGACUCGAAAAUUUCCUCGCCGUAAUCGAAGCCCAUAAGGGCAAUUGGAUGGUUCCCGACUGCGCCGGCAAAAACGUCCUUCACUGGGCUGCUCAAUUUGGUCAUGUUGAAACGGUUAAAGCGAUCUUGGAGUACCUAGGUCCGUCGACGGAGGAAAGGAGACGGUAUAUCAAUUUGCCCGACAUCGACGGCUGGACACCCCUAUGUUGGGCUACGCGCCCGCCUGGGAAUGGCCUUGUCAUUAACUUGAAGUCGGAACCUCGUGCAUACGCCGAAACUGUCCAAUGUCUUCUCGAGGAGGGAGCCGACCCGUCUGUUGAGUUUUACAUGAACACGAAGGACGGGGUUGAAACGUACACUCCGGUCAAAAUGGCGCAAUUAUGUGAUGCAGGGGAUGAGAUGAUUAAUUUACUUUCCGACCGUACGAAGGACAAACCGCAUAUUGAGGUUCAACUUCCCGACGGAUCACCCCGGCAUUACAGACGAAGUUUCAUAUACUGCGAUAUAUGUCUUAACACACAAUAUGGCUAUUCGUACCGGUGCAAGUCCUGUCCCGACUUUGAUGCUUGCAAGAAAUGCUACGGAAGGAUAGAUAUCUACCACGGUCACAUCAGGGAUGCAGACGGCGAAACACAUAGAUUCAAAUUUCGCUCGGGCAGCGAUCUUGAGUUCGACGACCAACAGGUAUCGAGCCCCUCCGAGUCACCUGCGAAUGAUUAAGGUGACUUUUAGGAUCGCUAUAAUGGUGGUAAUUUCACGAGGCGCACCGAAGUCACAGAGGAUACUAAUGAAUCUGAUUUUACGUCAGAGGUUAUAGGCAAGAGGGAGGCUAUUAUCCUGACCAACUUGCCUUUAUUACUUGUCUGAUCUUCGUCACGCUGCUAAAUAACACCUUUGUUCAUUGUCACAUUUUUCAAAGUGUCUUAUUUCGAUGCG